UGUGAUUCCUGUCACGUGACACACGGAGGCGGAAGUCGCUGUGUUUAUGAGUGAAGUUUGUAGCUUGUCGGUCGGAGUUCAUGAACAUUUAGCCGAAUUUGAAAGGGAAAUUAUGUAAUUAAAGGCAGAGAGAAAGCUUGUGGAUCUUCACAGAGAGUCAGGAGAUGCGAUUUAAGACUAUUACACGCAAAGCUUUCUUUUAAAAUGGCGGAAAUGAAGGUGUGUGUGCAGCUGGGGGCUGUGAGGAUGAGGAUGAGCAUGAAGAUGAGGAUGAGGAUGAGGAUGAAGAUGGGGUUGGUGAUGGGGCUGCUGCUGUUCCUGCUGUGUGCUGGGGCAGAGUGUAGGAGAAAUGCCCUCCUCAUCAUAGCCGACGACGCGGGGUUCGAGACGGAGGUCUACAACAACACUGUGGUCCGAACUCCUCACCUGAACGCUCUGGCUCGACGCGGCGUCGUGUUCCGAAACGCCUUCACCUCCGUCAGCAGCUGCUCGCCCAGUCGCUCCACCAUCCUGACCGGAUUACCGCAGCACCAGAACGGGAUGUACGGCCUUCAUCAGGGUGUGCACCACUUUAACUCGUUCGACGACGUGCAGAGCCUCCCGCUGUUACUGAAACAGUCCAACAUCCACACCGGCAUCAUUGGGAAGAAGCACGUGGGUCCGAGCUCCGUGUAUCCCUUCGACUUCGCCUACACGGAGGAGAACGGCUCGGUCCUGCAGGUGGGACGCAACAUCACCCGGAUCAAACUGCUGGUCCGGAAGUUUCUGCAGGAGCACAGAGAGGAGGAGAGAAGCGGAGGAGAGACUCGGCCCUUCUUCCUGUACGUAGCGUUUCACGACCCGCACCGCUGCGGCCACUCGCAGCCUCAGUACGGCUCGUUCUGUGAGAAGUUCGGGAACGGAGAGAGCGGCAUGGGGAGAAUUCCCGACUGGCAGCCGCAGCACUACACACCCGAGCAGGUCAAGGUGCCGUAUUUCAUCCCGGACACUCCGGCUGCUCGAGCUGAUCUCGCCGCUCAGUACACCACCGUCAGCAGGCUGGACCAGGGUAUUGGUUUGGUCCUGCAGGAGUUGAGGGACGCUGGGUUUGAGAACGACACGCUGGUGAUGUACAGCUCUGAUAACGGAAUCCCGUUUCCUAAUGGACGAACCAACCUGUACGACUCGGGCGCGGCCGAACCCAUGAUCAUCUCCUCACCUGAACACCGAGAGCGCUGGGGACAGACGAGUGACGCCUUCGUCAGCCUGCUGGACAUCACGCCCACUCUGCUGGACUGGUUCUCGGUGCCGUAUCCUCCCUACAGCCUGAGCGGCGGGUCUCUGGUCCACCUCACGGGCCGCUCCCUGCUCCCCGCGCUGUCCUCGGAGCCGAUUUGGGACACAGCUUACGGCAGUCAGAGUCUGCACGAGGCCACCAUGUAUUACCCGAUGCGCUCGGUGAGGCGCGGCCGCUUCGUCCUGCUGCACAACCUGAACUACCGCUCGCCCUUCCCCAUCGACCAGGACCUGUACGUCUCGCCCACCUUCCAGGACCUGCUGCAGAGGACGCAGGCGGGAACGCCCACCCGCUGGUUCAAGACUCUGAGGCAGUAUUACUACAGGGAGCGCUGGGAGCUGUUCGACACGCACUCGGACCCGGCCGAGCAGACCAACUUGGCCUCGGAUCCCGAUCAUAAAGCCGUGCUGGAGCUCCUGAGGGAGCAGCUGGUGAAGUGGCAGUGGGACACGGAGGAUCCGUGGGUCUGCGCUCCGGACGCCGUGCUCGAGGACAAGAUGGAGCCCAAGUGCAGGCCACUGUACAACGAGCUGUGAAGGAUCAUCUCCUUAAUGAGUUUCAACUCGCAGCCUUUGAAGUUUUAUGCAAAUUUCUGCACGACACUAAAUGGAAAUUGCAGGGAAUUGAAUGUUGUGAAGAAGAGAAAAUAUGUGACGUCGUUAUAAAGAGACGCAGUACACACUCACUACAUCACCGUUUACUUCAGAUAUCAGUUUCCAUCUCUCGCUCUAUCGCAACCUCGGUUAAGAUAUGUGGUGUUUUUGUUUAUUUCCACUUUCCUUAUUUGCUAUUUUUAAAAAAUGCACAUGGAUUAAAAGAGAUUGAUGUAUUGAUUGAGAAAUCUUUUAUAAAAUAAAUGUUUUUAUGCACAACCCUUUGAAAAAGGCACGUGUACAGAUACUCUGUAACAUGAAGAUGUUUAAAAAAAUCAUGUAAUUAUACGAUGAACAUCGAAGACUAUUUUCUAUUAAAAAGCCUGAAUUCUG